GCGACGCCGAGUGAGGCUGAGGCUGGGGGCGAAUCGCCGAAGAGCUGCGUGUCGGCAGCGCAGCCUGAUUGGACGGCGGGGAAGCCUGUCAGCUUAUUGGCCCCGCUGAUCCCGCCCCGUAGCGCAGGGCAGCCUUUAACCUUUGGCCCCAGUGGGCGCCAGCCACUAAGAUCGCUUCUUGUUGGUAUGUGUAGCGGCAGCGGCCGCCGGCGGAGCAGUCUGAGCCCGACGAUGAGGCCGGGGACGGGAGCUGAGCGCGGAGGCCUCAUGGUGAGUGAAAUGGAGAGCCAUCCUCCCUCGCGGGGUCCCGGGGACGGGGAGCGGAGAUUGUCCGGCUCAAGCCUCUGCUCCAGCUCUUGGGUCUCUGCUGACGGCUUCCUGAGGAGACGGCCCUCGAUGGGGCAUCCUGGCAUGCAUUAUGCCCCAAUGGGCAUGCACCCUAUGGGUCAGAGAGCGAAUAUGCCGCCUGUACCUCAUGGAAUGAUGCCACAAAUGAUGCCCCCUAUGGGAGGGCCACCAAUGGGACAAAUGCCUGGAAUGAUGUCUUCAGUAAUGCCUGGAAUGAUGAUGUCUCAUAUGUCUCAGGCUUCCAUGCAGCCUGCCUUACCGCCAGGAGUAAAUAAUAUGGAUGUAGCAGCAGGUGCAACAUCAGGCGCAAAAUCAAUGUGGACUGAACAUAAAUCACCUGAUGGACGGACCUACUACUACAAUACUGAGACUAAACAGUCUACUUGGGAGAAACCAGAUGAUCUUAAAACUCCUGCUGAGCAACUUUUAUCUAAAUGCCCUUGGAAGGAGUACAAAUCUGACUCUGGAAAGCCUUACUAUUACAAUUCUCAAACAAAAGAAUCCCGCUGGGCCAAACCUAAAGAACUUGAGGAUCUUGAAGCAAUGAUCAAAGCUGAAGAAAGCAGUAAGCAAGAAGAGUGCACCACAACAUCAGCAGCCCCCGUUCCUACAACAGAGAUCCCUACCACGAUGAGCACCAUGGCAGCCGCAGAAGCGGCGGCUGCCGUUGUUGCAGCGGCGGCGGCAGCGGCGGCGGCUGCUGCUGCGGCCAAUGCCGGUGCUUCCACCUCUGCUUCUAGUACUGUCAGUGGAACUGUUCCAGUCGUUCCUGAGCCUGAGGUUACUUCGAUUGUUGCUACUGUUGUAGAUAAUGAAAACACAGUAACAAUUUCAACUGAAGAACAAGCACAACUUACUAGUACCCCUGCUGUUCAGGAUCAGGGUGUUGAAGCGUCCGGUAAUACUGGAGAAGAAACGUCUAAGCAGGAAACUGUAGCUGAUUUUACUCCGAAAAAAGAAGAGGAGGAAAGCCAACCAGCAAAAAAAACAUACACUUGGAAUACAAAGGAGGAGGCAAAGCAAGCAUUUAAAGAACUAUUGAAAGAAAAGCGGGUACCAUCUAAUGCUUCAUGGGAGCAAGCUAUGAAAAUGAUCAUUAAUGAUCCACGAUACAGUGCUUUAGCAAAGUUGAGUGAAAAAAAGCAGGCCUUUAAUGCUUAUAAAGUCCAGACAGAGAAAGAAGAAAAAGAAGAAGCAAGAUCUAAAUACAAAGAGGCUAAGGAAUCCUUUCAGCGUUUUCUUGAAAAUCAUGAAAAAAUGACUUCAACAACUAGAUACAAAAAAGCAGAGCAAAUGUUUGGAGAGAUGGAAGUCUGGAAUGCAAUAUCAGAACGUGAUCGUCUUGAAAUCUACGAAGAUGUUUUAUUCUUUCUUUCAAAAAAAGAAAAGGAGCAAGCAAAGCAGUUGCGAAAAAGGAAUUGGGAAGCCUUGAAAAACAUACUUGACAACAUGGCUAAUGUAACAUACUCUACUACUUGGUCUGAAGCCCAGCAGUAUCUGAUGGAUAAUCCAACAUUUGCAGAAGAUGAGGAAUUACAGAACAUGGAUAAAGAAGAUGCAUUAAUUUGCUUUGAAGAACACAUUCGGGCUUUAGAAAAGGAAGAAGAAGAAGAAAAACAGAAGAGUUUGUUGAGGGAAAGGAGACGACAGCGUAAAAAUAGAGAAUCUUUUCAGAUAUUUUUAGAUGAACUGCAUGAACAUGGACAACUGCAUUCUAUGUCGUCUUGGAUGGAGUUGUAUCCAACAAUUAGUUCUGAUAUUAGAUUCACUAAUAUGCUUGGUCAGCCGGGAUCAACUGCACUUGACCUUUUCAAGUUUUAUGUUGAGGAUCUUAAAGCACGUUACCAUGAUGAGAAGAAGAUAAUAAAAGACAUUCUAAAGGAUAAAGGAUUUGUAGUUGAAGUAAAUACUACUUUUGAAGACUUUGUGGCAAUAAUCAGCUCAACUAAGAGAUCAACCACGUUAGAUGCUGGAAAUAUUAAGUUGGCUUUCAAUAGUUUACUAGAAAAGGCAGAAGCCCGUGAACGUGAAAGAGAAAAAGAGGAGGCUCGGAAGAUGAAACGAAAAGAAUCUGCAUUUAAGAGUAUGUUGAAACAAGCUACUCCUCCAAUAGAAUUGGAUGCUGUCUGGGAAGAUAUCCGGGAGAGAUUUGUAAAAGAGCCAGCAUUCGAGGACAUAACUCUAGAGUCUGAAAGGAAACGAAUAUUUAAAGAUUUUAUGCAUGUGCUUGAGCAUGAAUGUCAACAUCAUCAUUCAAAGAACAAGAAACAUUCUAAAAAAUCUAAAAAACAUCACAGGAAACGUUCCCGUUCUCGAUCGGGGUCAGAUUCAGAUGAUGAUGACAGCCACUCAAAGAAAAAAAGACAGCGAUCAGAGUCUCGUUCUGCUUCAGAACAUUCUUCUAGCGCUGAAUCUGAGAGAAGUUAUAAGAAGUCAAAAAAACAUAAGAAGAAAAGCAAGAAGAGAAGACAUAAAUCUGACUCUCCAGAGUCAGAUGCUGAACGAGAGAAGGAUAAAAAAGAAAAAGACCGGGAAAGCGAAAAAGAUAGAACUAGACAAAGAUCAGAAUCAAAACACAAAUCACCCAAGAAAAAGACUGGAAAGGAUUCUGGUAAUUGGGAUACUUCUGGCAGUGAACUGAGUGAAGGGGAAUUGGAAAAGCGCAGAAGGACCCUUUUGGAGCAACUGGAUGAUGAUCAAUAAAUUAUACCAAAUAUGUUUACAGUAUGAUUUAAAGUCUAAUUCAGACCAGGGACUCUAUUUUAAGUUCAGUUGAAAUAACACUGGGUUUUAAUUAUAUCACAGAAAAAAAAAGUGCAUUUAAGUAUUGUUAUUGUGGACUUUAUAAAAGCAAAGGAAAUUGAAAAUAACUUUUGAUUCUGUAUCAAGAAUCAUAUUUUCAUACGGUCAUAACUGUCUUUCUGUGACCCUUUCAUAGGGCACUGCAGGAUGGAUUAAAGGUGGCAAUUUUCUGAUAACUGCAGAUGUCUCUACUUUGUUCUAAAGUCUAAGUCAUGAGGUGAUUUGAUUUACUUUAUAGAAGUUGGAUUUUGAAGAUAUAAUAAAAAAUUUUUGAUACCUAGUAGUACAAAAAAAAGCACCAGCAACUGAUAAAACUGCUUUUUUGUGCACUACCCGACUGGUAAAAGCCGACGUGAUCUUUUAUGGUGAACUCAGAAAUAGGUGUUCUUAAUGGAAACCUGGUAGACCCUUAACUGUAGUGGUGCUAAUGAGCACUACUAUAAUAAAGCCACCAUUAUUUUUUAUGAAACAUCUGAAUACAUUUUAAAAAGGCUAUUGUGAGGGCAUUAUUUUGAGGUGAUGUUUAAAAAGUUAACAUCAAAUCAAAUUGUAAAUUAGUUUAAAUAUCUUGCCUUAAGGACCUACUAAAGAAUGUGCCACCAAACUUUAGGUGAUGGUUGCAAUAUCCUUGUCUAAAACAAAAAUCAUUGUUGACUUAAACAAUUUAACAGUUGUCUUUUUUUUUUUUUAAGCCGAUCUUUUCUCUUGCUUUUUUUCAUUGAGGAAGUUUUUACCUUCCCUAUUCACUGAGAAGUAUUGACUUCAUGGUACACAUUCUAAAGCAUUUCUGAUUUGAAUAUUUUUGUACAUUUUUUAUCAAUUAUUAAACCUUCUCUUCUAGCGUGUACUAGUAUUUAUUUCUACUUAAACUGCUCAACUCUAAAAAAAAAUUGUAUGAUCACUUAAAGAUUAAGAUACUAAAUCCCUGAAAUUUUGCUUCAUCUUACCCACAGAGCUAAGUUACUUUUCUUUUUUGAUAUUUAAGAUUAUUAUAUUAAUCAGUGCAUUUGAGGCCCCUGUAUUUGUUUUUGAUCCAUGAAUUUCCUAUAGAAUACUUUAAGAAAGGCAAUGGUUUGAAGCUAGAAUACUCUUUACAUGCUAACUUUUGAAGGUUGGUAAUGUACUUUAUACUAUUUUCCUUCAGUGCAGGAGAUUUUUUUUUUAAAGUAAAUAAGUAAAUUUUAGCACAUAGUCUUUGGUAUUAUCUUAGGUUUUGUUUUUUUUUAAUUUUAGACAUUUUGGGCAAUCCUAUUUUAAGUUAGGAUUUAGAAGAAUAAAAACUUCAUUUUAUUUUUCUUUCACCAUCCUAAUUAAUUUGAAAGUGGGACUGACCAGGAUGACUCUUUCCCAUCCCUGCCUCCUGUAUUUGAAUCAAAUCUAGCAUCCGCUGUGGAUGAGUGAGAGGGGAGGUGGUUUCUGAACUUCCCUCUGCUAAGUCAUUUUUCUGCUGUGAAAUAUGACAUGACUUUGUAGAAAGUGAAAUCCCUAUCUUUAGAAAAUGUGAAAUAAUCAAUUGCUUGCUUCAGGUUAGUCUCCUAUUGUAUGUUAGAACCAAAACAUUAUAACAACUUUGGCAACAGGGAAGUUGCCUAGACUUAAUUUUCAGAGGUCUCAUCAUAAUCAUAGUUAAUAUUGCUUAUCAUGUCAAACACUUUACAUGGAAGUCAGUAAAAACUUUAAAAUAUGCAUAUGAUAUUGGCAAAAAUACUAGUGAUAUUUCACAAGAGAAUUUAGAAUGUGUUAAACUUUGUUUUAAUUACUUCCAUGAAUGAUUUUUUAAGUAACUUUAAAGUUUUGAUUCUUCUAUUUAAAUAAAAAGUUAUUGAUGUGUUUUUAGCAUGUCCUCAAAUUAGAUUUCUGUAUUUCUUAAUAGAGACACUGUCUUACCACAACCUUAAAUCCCUACAAGACAAUACAAAUUCAAGUUUCCUUAUAGUUCACCCAUGAAAGUUAUCUGACCUAAAAGCCAGUGAAAAUAUUGCAACUCAAAAUACAACAUCCUUGUUAUGAAAGAUGUAACAGAAGUAACUAUAAUCCUUGUCUACUUGUAAUAAACCCAUCCAUUGGCAUUUAGUUGCCAGAAAGAUACUAUUGUCUGAAGGUACAAGUGAUGGGAAGAUUUUAUUAAAACAAGAGUUCUGAGUGAGUAUUUUAAUCCAUUUGAUUAGGUUUCUAAACCUUCAGUCUGGUAAAAGUUGAAAUGUCUUGGAAUGUUGGUUCUAUUAAGAGUUGAACAGAUAGGUUCAAAAUGUGUUCAAAUAAGAAAGUGUGCUUAUUUUCAGAUACACACAGUUAAGCCUCAGUCUCUUAGGUAAAUGUUGAGGGCUUAUCUUCCCUCACUAUCAUUAAUAUUAAUGAACUCUUGGAUUAAAUUCACUACUACAUUUAAUAUCAUACUUAAUAGUCAAAAUCAAAACCUCAAAUAUUUGAUAGUUAAGUAUGAAUUCUUUGCACCUUUCCCACGUGUAUUUAAGCAGCUUAAUACUUUUAAAUAAAAGCAGUGGUCCCACAUUUUUUUUUAAAGUAGUGACAGCAUCUCAUCAUAAUUAUCCAAAAAGUAUCUUCAGCAUGUAGAGUUUUCAUGUCUUUCAAUAAUAAAAAUACUUUAUCCCUCCCAGUAAAUUUGAAAAUUACCAAAGUAUCACAGCUGUUUUAUCUUUUGACUUGCUAAUUGGGCCUCAUUUUAUAGAACUAUCAAAUGAAAAGGAUUAGCCUAGAGUAAGGCCAUCUUAAUUGACAGUGGUAAAACUGUAAACAUUCUUCAAACAUCUAUGUACAUUUUUCUGGAAAGAAGGUCCAUAGUUUUCAUUCAUUUACCAAAGGGUCUGCAUCCUGUGUUUAGCAUUUUCCUAGAUGAUCCUAGUUUUCCUCCAGUGUUAACGGUCAACUGAGUGCUGACUGGGCAGCCACUUUUAUUUUUGCAUCCAGAAAGGGGUAGCCCUUUUAGAUUAGGAUUUUUAUUUAAGGCUUGGAUGCUAUUUAAGAGAGAACUGUUUUUAAACAAAUAGGACCCAGAGAGGAGUGAUUAAUGCUUUUUUAUGAGUUUAUAGGGUAUUAAAGUAUAUUAUGUAAUUUAAAUGUAAAUUAAAAAACUAAAGAGCUAAAUAAAUAUUUCUAAAAGCAAAAUAAGGCAAAGCACAUUAAUUCCUUAUGUCUUAAAUUAGAAUUUUUCUUUUCCCUUGUAUCUCUUAGUACCAAGUAGAAUUUUCUUCUACAUUCUCUAUGUAAAACUGGACUCAUUUUACAUAAAAGAAAAGCAAAAUAACAGUAAUUUUCACUGAACUGAGUUCUAAUAGGUUUAUGGUCUCAUUCUGUAGUUCUGGUAAUGGCAUGUACCAGUCUAAUAAUUCUUACCUUCCUUAUUCUUACCUUGCUCUUAAGUUUUUCAAUUGUUUUGACUUAAAUGGUGGUCAGAUUCCUUGGGGGCGAGGAUUUGCGUUUCAGUCACUGCUGUAUCCUGUGAAUUAGAAUAGUGCCUGGCACAUAGUAGGCAUUUACUGAGUGAAUGUAAAACAUUAGUUGACAGAUGUACUCAUCCAGCAUCCAUGGUACCCAUCAUCUGUAUUAAAGGGCUUAAAAAAGAAUUGUUGCAAUAAACCAUGUAACUCAAAACUAAAGCCACAUGCAUAAUUGAAGUGCACCAGAGAGAAAUUCUAGUGACUGUACCUCAAUCUUGUUACUUCAUAAACUUCCAAAAGCUUGUUAUAUGAGAACAUACAACUUCCAUGUGGUUUUUGAAUAGGAAAGGAAAUCCCUUGUGAGGUUUGAAGCAUAACUUCUUUCAUAUCAUGUAUUACCAUAGUAGGUUAGUAGCUUUUAUUUGAAGAGCUAACAUUUGGCUAGAUCAGGGUUGACCUUUAAAGGUCCUAAUGAACAAAAGAGCAAAAUUCCUAUCUAAAUUCUAAGCUGAGAACUAAUCAUUUCAGGCUAUUUUUGACAAAGGGGUGAAUAAUGGUGAGCUAGAAACUUAAAGGUUACUGGAGCGGACUUAAAAGGUGCGGUGGGAAAUGAGAUGAUUUUGCUCCAAUUACCCACACACUUCCCCUUUGCCUUCCAUUUCACUUGGUUUGUCUACCUGGCUUAAGUUCCUCACUUGCAGCAGAUUUUCUGUGCUUUUUAAACUUGCUACAUCAAUGCUGCUUUCGUGACUCAAUAUGAUCUAAUAACAAGGCCAUCCCAUCAUUGUUAGUGAUUGGUAACUGUUCAUCUGAUGGUAAUGGCCCUCAGUUUAAGGUUGAUGUUUGCAUUUCAAAGGAACUGGCUCACUCCUCACUCCAGUUUUCAGUCCAACUGUAGAGUGGCUGCCUAGUCACAGACUCAAACUAAGCCAUUUCUUGAUGCUGUUUUUUAUCCUUCUUGCGGUAUCUAAAUGUGCUAUUUAUAUACAUCUUUAUUUUUUGUUCCUGCCUGCAAACUUUUUGGUAGGUGUUGAUCUUUUGCCUACCUCUACAACUAAAGACUUGUUCUGAAAGGUGAGUAAUAGGGGGGAUGUUUCUACUUUCUGUGUUUGUAAUUGCCAGAUUUUCUCUUCUGUUUAUAUAUUGUUCUGAUGUAAAAAAAAAA